UAUAGAACUUUGUUGUUUAUAUUUUAUAAAAACUUCUUUAUUUCUUAAAAAUUAAUGUUAGAGAGUUAUUAUGUUGAGGGUGGUGGGGCUGCAACAAAACCAACCCCAGGUCAACUAAUUUGUUAGGUUGAAAAGGUUUUAAAAUGUAAAUUAAUUUUUUAUUACAUUACUUUAUUAACCAUAAAAUUUAAAAUAAUAAAAAAGAUUCAAUUGACAUUAAAAAGUACAAUAAAGUUCUGCAUCAAUGAUACUGCGGUGUUUUUAAAAAAAAUUUAUGUAAAUUAAAGUAUUAUUUGAAAUGGCUUUUCGUGCAGUUUAUGUUAUUAGCGCUUCUGAUGAAGAUCUUAAAGGAAUGCCAAAGAUUGUUUUUAAAAGAAAAUUUCCUGUUGUUGAAUCUAAACAUAAACUUAUUCAUGGUAGUAUGUAUUUACAGAUACCACCAAAUGUUGCUAGCUUAGUUGUGAGAGAAUUAAACAAAGAUCAAGAAAAAAGCUUGAAAAUGUCUCAUAAUUGCAUUUCAAAUAAUACUGCUCCAGUUUACAAUUUUGUUAAAGAAAAGCUUAACCCUGUUGUUGCAUUUCAAAAAGAUCAAUUUAUCUACAGCUGCAUUGUUAGUGAUGAAAGUAAUGACUUCCUUUCCUCUAGUGGUGUGCUAAUGGCUGUUGUUGCUCUUGAGGGAAUGUCAGCCAUAAUGGAAAACUCUGUUUUACUUGAAUCAAUUGAAGAACGAAUUAACUACCUUCAUCGUUAUGUUUUGAUAGGAUUUCCAUUUGGUAUUCCUGUUGAAUUGAAUGUCAACACUAUCUAUGCUUUACUUUCUACUGUAAAAAGUUCUACUGUUUUAAAGUCAAAAGCUCCUAUUUGGCGUCCAGUAAUUAUCAAAGGAAAGCAAACUAUUCAGUUGACGAUUAAAGAAAGUGUCAAAGCCCUUCAGUUUGGUCAGAAUAAUUUUGCAGAUGUCCAUGAGAUUUUUGGAACAGUUUAUUGCAAGGCUGAUUUGGAAGGAGCUCCUGAUAUCACAUUGAGCUUAAUAAGUCCACUUAAUUCAGGUGUGUUUAAUCAAAUGACUUUUCAUUCUUGUGUGAAGCAAGUGGAUGAGUUGACUUUAGUUAUAAAUAGAAAGAAGGAUGAUGAAGAACUUGUAUUAAGAAAAUUAAGAUUUUGUCCACCAUAUGAGGCUUUUCCUUUGUGUCAUUACGUUACUCAAUCAAAGGAAUGUCCUAUUAAAGUAUCUUUUAAGAUGAAGGGCAUUUCUGAAAGAGUUAGUAUUUCUAUACAGAUAUUUCUGGAACAUCAAAUGAAAAAUAGUUUUGAUUUUUUUAAUGUAAACAUACCUUUUUUUAACAGGGGAGCGAUUACAAAUGUUGAAGCCGCACCAAAAACUCAUGUUGUAACUGUAUCAGAAAACAAAUCUGAACUUCUCUGGUGUAUAGGUAACAAGUUUACCAAAAGAAAUCUGUAUGAAGCAUCACUUGAUCUUUCUGUAUCUUUUUCUCAUGGACAAUGUUUGGUUAAAGAUCAAUUUUUAAUUGGGGAAAACUCCUACAUUAAAGGCCAUUACAGUUCAUGAGGUUACUUUAUUGUGAUUACACUCGAAGAAGUUAGUCUAUUGUGGUUACACUCCUCUCUUAACUCUUUAACUCCAAAAUACAAACCUUGACGAACAAGACCACUAGGAAACAAUUUGAGUAUUGUAGUACCAGAGACAUUGUGGGGAUUAAACUAAAAACUUCUUGCUUAAGAAGCAAACUCUCUACCACUACAUUACUACCGCUUACAGUGGUGCAGUAGUUAGAGUUUUGGCU